AUGUCUCCUAAAUUCGCUCUUGCAAUUCUGCUGCUCAGCUGCGUUCUCCUAGGAAUGGCGAAUGCCCAGCAAAACAGGCGCCCUCAGCAGUCUAGACCUUCCCGACCAAACCUUGGUCCUCGAUUCAAUCAGGAUGGCCCUUUGCCGCCAAAUUACCCCCCUCCGGCUGAGGAUGCUGAAGCCAGCGGUGGUUCUGCCACCGUGGAUUGCGUGCCCAAUCUACUGGCUGGUAACAUCCGUGAUACCAGGAAACCUAGGCCCAAGCCAUAG